AUGCCUCCUUUAUUAUCUUUAUUAUUUUUAACACGUCUUUAUUUUUUCCUUUUAACAUUAAUUAUUAUUUGUUGCUCAUUAAUUGAAUCUCUUCGAAAAAUUAAUAAAGUAUAUGGAAAAUUAGAAGAUACAAUUUCCCAUAAAACAUGGUUGACUUCCAAAUUAUCAGUUCCAAAAUAUUAUUUCAGAUAUUUUUAUAUUACUGGAUUUCUUUGGAUUUCAUAUAUUAUUAUCGAGAUUAUUUUAUUUAAAAAUAAUUUUAUUGGAAUAUUUUCAAUAUUUGUUCAUUUAUUUGAAAAUACCAAUAAUGAGGAAAUUUAUAAGGAAUAUUAUGGAAAACAACCAGUGGAAGAAUGUAUUUUGGCUUUGUUUAUGAUGGAAGUUCAAACGAUACGUAGAGCCUAUGAAUGUUUUUUUGUUGAAAAACCUUCUCCAAAUUCUAAAAUGCUUAUAACUCACCAUAUCGUUGGAAUGACUUUUUAUCUUGCUACUGGAUUAGCCGUUUUUAUUGAAGGUCUUUGGAAUUUAGGUGUCUUCAAUAAAGAUCAAUUUACUUCUUUACCUCCCCUUACGAAUUUUAUUAAAUGGAAUACAAUGAUCGCACUAUCUCUUUUCAUCUAUGCAUCUUAUCAUCAAAAUGUUUUACACAAUCAUUUAGCAUCACUUCGUCCUUCUAAUACUUCAAAUACUUCUUAUGUUCCAAUUUAUCUGAUCCCAAAGGGAGAUUGGUUUGAAUAUAUUUCCUCGGCACAUUAUUUUGCGGAAAUAUUGAUUUACGUUAGUUUUGUUAUAUUAACCAGAGGGAUGAAUCUAACCGUGUGGUUGGUAUUGAUUUGGACUAUUAUUGGUUUGAGUACUAUAGCAAGGGAAAGUGAUUUAUGGGGAAAAGAAAAGUUUGGCGAAAAAUGGCCCAAUAGAUGGUUAAUAAUCCCAUUUAUAUAUUAA